CUGGAGGUGAGCAGGUGAGGGCGGCCUCGGCUCAGCGGCCUGGGCGUGCGGAGGAGAGGGAAAAGCUGGAGAGCCGAGGGUGAGCCUCCCAAGAGCAGCGGGGCCAGGAGGAAGGGCGGAGCUCAGAGGCGACCAGGUGAGUGGAAAGGGCCCGGGGGCUGCCAGGUGACUGGGUGUACAUCCAGGAAAUGGGGUGGGGCCAAGCGAUCGCGCGUCCCCAAGAGGUGAAACUGACCGGCAGGGUGCAGGAAAUCUGAAAGGAGGAGCGGCCAGGUGGGGGUAGGUGGGACCGAGGCUUGGCCAGUGGAGCGAGACUGCAAGGCUGACUGAAGCCUGGGGUGGCCGGUGAGGAGGGAACAGGAGGGCAGAGCUUAGAGCAAUGGGGUGGUCUACAGGGUUGAUGUGGGCAUUUGAUGAUUGGACAUCUGUUUAGGGAGUCUCGAUUUUUCAAAAAUGAACACGAUCAGAAGCAAAAAAAAGAGGUGCCAGAGACGGGUGUGGUGGGAAACAAGGGGCUUGGGAGGCCCCUCGGGUUAUUUCAUCCACCGUCCCACCUCUCCCCAUCCCCUCCGCAGGCUCCCAACCCGGCUGCCGACUCCUUCCUCCAGUACCGCACCAGCAAGGUGCGGGCGCUGAGGGCCGCCCGACUGGAGCGGCUGGUGCAUGAGUUGGUGUCCGGAGACCGUGAGCAGGAUCCUGGCUUCGUGCCCGCCUUCCUGGCCACCCACCGGGCCUUUGUGCCCACAGCCCGCGUUCUGGGCUUUCUGCUGCCCCCGCCCCCGCCACCACCACCUCCUGGGGUAGACAGCAAGAUGGCAGAGGGGCAGGAUCCGAGCUUCAGCAAGAACCUGAGGGCUGUGAUUUCGGUACUCGGUUCUUGGCUGCGAGACCAUCCUCAGGACUUCCGGGAUCCCCCUGCCCAUCAGAACCUGGGCAAUGUCCGAAUCUUUCUGGACUGGGCCUCCCCAGGAGGGGCAGAAGCUAGAGAAGCAGAGAAACUUCUGCAAGAUUUCUUGGAGGAGGCUAAGGGAGAGCAGGCAGGGGAGGAUCAGCGACUGGCUUGGGCAGGCCCGCCCAGGGCUGCCCAGUCCCCCAGAUCAGAGUUUGCAGAGGACUUCGAGGAAGAGGAGGGCCCCUGUUCAGAAGGCCCCGAGCUUCUGGACUUCAGCGUGGAUGAGGUGGCGGAGCAGCUGACCCUGAUGGACGUGGAGCUCUUCCUGCGCGUGCGGACCUGCGAGUGCCUGGGUUCCAUGUGGUCCCAGCGCGACCGGCCGGGAGCUGCAGGCAUUUCCCCGACAGUGCGCGCCACCGUGGCCCAGUUCAACGCGGUUACGGGCUGCGUGCUGGGCUCGGUGCUCGCAGCGCCCGGCCUGGCGGCCUCGCAGAGGGCACAGCGCAUCGAAAAGUGGAUCCGCAUCGCCCAGCGCUGCAGGGAACUUCGCAAUUUCUCUUCUUUGCGAGCUAUCCUGUCUGCCCUGCAGUCUAACCCCAUCUACAGGCUCAAGCGCAGCUGGGGAGCCGUGAGCCGGGAACCACUGUCCACUUUCAGGAAGCUGUCGCAGAUUUUUUCCGAUGAGAAUAAUCAUCUCAGCUGCCGAGCAAUUCUUUCCCAGGAGGAGGCCUCCGAGGGACCCCACGAUGAUGACUGCCUCCCCGGAAGUCGGCCAUCGAAGCUGCCCCCGGGGCCUGUGCCCUACCUUGGCACCUUCCUCACAGACUUGGUUAUGCUGGACACAGCCUUACCGGAUACGCUGAAGGGAAAUCUCAUCAACUUUGAGAAGAGGAGGAAGGAAUGGGAGAUCCUGGCCCGAAUCCAGCAGCUACAGCAUCGUUGCCGGCUCUACAGCCUGAGCCCGCGCCCACCAAUCCUGGCUGCCCUCCGAGCCCAGCGCCAGCUCAGUGAGGAACAGAGCUACCGAGUCUCCCGGGUCAUUGAGCCACCAGCUGCGUCCUGCCCCAGCUCCCCCCGUAUUCGGCGUCGAAUCAGCCUCACAAAGCGUCUCAGUGCGAAGCUGUCCCGGGAGAAGAACUCUUCCCCUGGUGGGAGUCCCGGGGAUCCAUCCUCACCAACCUCCAGUGUGUCUCCAGGGUCUCCCCCAUCCAGUCCUAGAAGUGGAGACCCUCCUCCUGGCAGUCCUCCAGCCUCCCCAGGGCCCCAGGGCUCCAGCAACAAGCUGUCUCUGAACAUGGACCCCCAUAUGACCUUGACCCUGAGCAGCUCUCGAAUCCCCCUCCUCGGGCAGCAGACCUCAGAGGCCCGUGUCAUCCGAGUCAGCAUCGACAAUAACCAUGGGAACCUGUAUCGGAGCAUCUUGCUCACUUGUCAGGACAAAGUCCCCAGUGUGGUGCAAAGAGCCCUGGAGAAGCACAAUGUGCCCCAGCCCUGGGCCCAUGACUACCAGCUCUUCCAGGUCCUGCCUGGGGACAGAGAGCUCCUGAUUCCGGACGGUGCCAAUGUCUUCUAUGCUAUGAGCCCUGCUGCCCCUGGCGACUUCCUGCUGCGCCGGAAACAGGGGACGCCUUCAGCCUCCCCGACCUGAGGCAGCGCUCGCCUCGCUCUGGGGCACAGGCACCAUGGACAGCUUGGGACCUGGCUUCUACCACCAUCGAAGUAGGGGGCCCUUUCCUGAAGAGCCUCCGUCCUCAGUGGAAGCUAUUUUUCUCUAUAUCCUGGGGACUCGCCAGCGUUAGCCCAUCGGACCCCCAACUCCCUGGGCACUUCACUGUUAUUCCAAAACCAUGACUGUGUGAGAAAACUCAGAAAAAUCAAGAGCCUUAAGAGCUGAGAGCUGAGCUUAGUGGCAGAGCACUUGCCCAGCAUGCCCUAGACCCAGGAUGGUUUUCACCACCCCCCAAAAUAAAAGUCCUCAGGGGUUUUGGACUGUAGGAUGUAGUUCAAUUGGAUCCUAACAUGUGGCAAGCAGGGCUUUGAGACCCAGCACUGAGUAUGUCCAGCAUGUUGGCACACACCCAUAAUCCCAGUGCUUGGGAGGUUCAGGCCGGAGGAUCAGGAGUUUGUCGUUCUGGGAUGCGUAGUGAGUUGAAGGUAAAUCUGGGCGACAUCAUGAAACCUCAUUCAAAAAGGAAAAAAA